UUCACAUUCACAUUCACACUCUUCUGUUUAUUGCUUUAUAGCCUAUAAGAAAGAAAGGAUGGAGAAUACCUGUUUUUGCAGCUAUGCCGAUGGAUGGUGUGCUUCUUGCAAGCGUAAAUAUGAAGAGGAAGAAGAGGAACGUGCAAAGCCCUGGCAGCAAAUCAAACAGGAAGCAAUUGAAGAACUUGCUUUUACGUUUUUUUUCUUUGAUAUGCUUAAGAACAACCCGGAUGUUGACUGCUCUAGGGCUAAAGCAAAGGAUUUUUGGUCGGCUGAGACUUAUGAUGUAAAGCUUCCUUGGAAGGACUUGGCUGUAGGCCGUGUUUGUCAUGGACGUGGUCGUGGGUGGGAUUCCCUAAGAAGAAAUGAAAGCAUGCCUGAACAUCUAGUGGACGCGUGUAAGAGGUGUGCUCGAGCAUUUAUAAGGGCCGAAUUUCAGGUAUGAUCAUGAUGUGCUUAUUGAAGGAUAAAGGAAAGGACAUUGUGCUUGACUGUUGGUGAUAUUAGGAGAUGUUUACACUCAACACAUGAACUAUUUUACUA